AAACAUUUGACCGUAUCCCAGCUUGCGACACAGAGCUAUGGCUCUCAUCCUAUUAACUAUAAACUAGGAAUAUCCAAUCUGUAUGGCGUCGACUCCGCUUGCACCGCAAUCGCCUUCGUCAUCGCAGGGCAGCUUUCACGAGCCCAACCUAGAGCAACUGGUUGAAUACCUCCUAGCCUCAAAGCGAUCGCUCUCUUCAAUAAGCUUAGUAUGGCGGGCUAGAGAAAUAGUUGAAAGUGGCAGGGCUUCUCUUGUUGAAAAUGCGGCGUUGUGUGCAAGAAAUGCUUAUGUCAGGCGAGUCUUGGAGAGACAAGUUGAAUGCCUUGAGGCUAUCGGCUACGGCGCCACAGAAAUAGACACUGAGGGAUUCGAGGCAUUCCAGGUACGCUCACCUCCUCGUUGUAUCUAUUCUGAGUUUAUGUGCCAUAUGUUUGAUUCUAGGACAAUAAGAUGCUGAGACUUCUGGUUUGUGGACAGGCCACCGUGCAAUCCUUAGACGCCGCCUCAUCCAGGCUUCAGAAAACGCUCGCGUCGUUACGUAGCACACCUGUAGAGGCUGCUCUGCGCCCUGCGGACAACGCGACUAAACACCUAUUCGAUUUUGUAGAUGAAGGUGGCAUUCAUGACCUAGAGAGAUCGAUUAAAGCAAGCAUUGACCGUUUCGAGGCUGCGCGGUCGACACUCGCCCAGACAUGCGAAGCCUUUGAGGAGGAGUUGGAAAGACUGCAUGAAAUCGUAUUAGGUGAGAACAAAGACAAUGUGCCGACCGUCGUGGAAAAGAUAGAUACACCUAUACCUGCUCUGUUUCAUCAGCUCGAGUCGAGGGCGACAGAGGUUGCCGGCCAUUUGGAGAGUUUAACCAGGCAUUAUGAUCUAUGUGUCACAGCGCUGAAACAUACCGAAGGAGGCGGAGAGGCUAUUACACGAAAUUCUACCGGCGAAGAGCAGCAAACCUCAGCACUCGUUGGUCUUGGCGUCGACCUGGGCAAGGUUGAAGAUGCACCAGCGCAGCCCAUAAGUGAAGAAGAGCGUAAAGAGUUGCUAACUGUUCUUUGCAAAGAUGCAGAUGAAGUUGAGGAUGUGGUUGCUGAUAUUAGGGACAUAUUAGCUGAGAUGGAGGAUAACCUGUAUCAAAUCACGACUUAUGUUGAAUCUCUUCGCAGCUUAUCGUCACGGUUAAGGGAUGCAAUGGCUUUUCUGAAAGAUAUCAUCGGCAAAUUGCCCGUUUAUAUAAGCGCUUGCGCGGAAUUCCAACGCUCUUGGGACGAAGAAAAGGAGUUUCUACACGAAAAGCUUGACGAACUCGAAGGCCUGACGGAUUUCUACGAUGGUUUUGAGGCAGCAUACGACGAACUCUUACUUGAAGUCGAAAGAAGGCGACAGGUCAAGCGAGAUAUGGAGAAAGUGAUUAGAGCGGCAAUGGAAGAAUUGGAGGCAUUAUACCAAGAUGAUCUUCAUCACCGCGAUAGCUUCCGAGAGAAUCAAGCAGAGUAUAUACCAAGCGAUUUAUGGCCUGGCCUUAUGAACCCGCCCACUCGUUUCAAGAUCCUUCCAGUCGACGAUGCGGAGGACGACGUUCCCAACAUAAAGAAGUCCAUCAUUGAACGAGCAAUGAAAAGGGUCAAGGAAAGAGCCAAGCCCUUUAAAAGACACGCUUGAAUCCACCUCUCCGAUUUACGAAACAUGUGAAGCAUCUUAGAAAAUUGCUGAAUACAGAUAAGAAUAUGGCUAAGACAUUCGAAUAAGCUAUAACGCGGUAUCGUCUCUGAUAUCUUGAUAACUAGUACAUGUAUCACAAUGAAAAUGCGGCAGAUUCUUUUGUGAGAA